CAAGACGCAGCUCAAUAAAAACUGCAGUUUAUACGCUUUUAUGUGCUUGUUUGAUAAGUUGCUUAUUUAUGCCAACAAUUCCGGUAACCAGCGACGGUCAUUAUCAUAACUGUCCUCAUACAUCUAGUGUUUCCCAAUGCUGCCCGCGGAACUAGAGUUUCUACGACAAAACUCGUCAAAGGAUGGGUCAUAAUUACACGCGAAAAGGUGCAACCACCCUAACUGGCCGCGAUCGCAUUUGGUUGGGCACGUUGCUGGGCGCAGCAUUUACUAUGGAAAGCGCAGCGCAAGCCGUUUUACGAAGGGACCGAAAUUACGUUGCCAUCCGGACAAAUGAAUGUACGAUCUGUACGCACAACAUUGACACGGCGCAGCGGAUGGUGGUACUUUGUGGCCACACGUUUCACAGGUUCUGUGUAGUGGUGUGGAUGCGCACGUACGGUUACUGUCCCGACUGUCCGCGAGAGUAGUACAUAGGAUGAUCGAUCUACAAAGAGUCUACCAACCCUUCUUUCGUGUCGGUUAGUUUACAUAAAAUAACUAUGUAUAAAACUACAUUAAGCAAUGAAACUAUGUUUUAGAUAGC